AUGGCGCCCGCUUCCUUACCCGUUGAGCUGGUGACUGCCAUUGCGGAGUGCGCCCCGCCUUCGUCUCUGGCCACUCUCGCUCUCAGCUGUACCGCUUUUCGCGCAAUCUCGGAGGACUGCUUGUAUCAGCGCGUCGUCCUGGACCAUCGCACUUCGGAACAAGGAUUCAGCUGGUGCAGGACUGUCACAGACAACCCCCGCUUAGCACAGAAAGUGCACUCGCUCAGCUUCAUUCUACGGGUCAUGCUCCACCUCAACGAGUACGAUGCCGAAACCGAAGCACGACUCCUACUGGUAUUCGUUUUGGCGCUCCGUGGCUGCAUCAAUCUCAGGCGAUUCCGUCUUGGUUAUGGCUUGUUCGAACACCCGACAAGCUUGUACGACCUUCUCGGCCCUGGGUGCCCGUUCCGUCUCACACACCUGCACUUGGCGGCUUGGGAUGGCCUCAACGAUGAUGUCUGGACAGGACAGCCAGCGCUAACAUCGUUGGUCAUCCCAUCCUGGGCGGAGAACGACUUGUCUGCGGUUGCGAAUCUUCCCCUGGUCCACCUUUACGCGGCGCUCAAGGCGGUCCCGCCGGCCGACAACUCCGCAUGGCAGCUCGCACAUGCUAUUCUAACGACCAGCGACGAGGAUGAAGAGCCUCCCAGCUUCGUCAACCUUGGCACCUACGCGGAGACAUUGACCAACCUGGCGCUUGAAACGCACGGCCAACCUGAUAUCAACAUCUACGCCAUCCUAUCCAUGCUUGCCGACUCCCUCCCCGGCCUCACGACGCUCUACUACGACGAGACCGUCGGCAGCGCAGGUGUCCGCGAAGAGGGGACCAUACAACAGCCCCUUGCACGCUUCCCACACCUCACAGCCUUCUUCUUGCGUUUCUACCUGGGAUCGGGGUCGCUUGUGAAGUUCUCAGGCGCUGGCGAAGGCGGGGAAAACAUCGACUUUAAAUUUGAAGAGAAGACCAGUCCCGAAACCGCCCUCCAGCACCUCGGCACGUCGGUCCUCGCCACCAGCAGCUCGCUGCGUCAUGUCGAGAUCGCGUGCAAGAUGUCGGGCUCGUCUGGCGGGAUGCGAGUCAUGUCUUCGCGAUGCUCUAUGUUCUCGCGCGUAGCCCCCGGUGCUCCGGUAGAAGUAGAGAGCUUCCGGGACAGGCAAUCCAACUAUGAGCGAGCCUUCUAUGACGCAUGA